UGACGUAGAGCGCGUGUAAUGUUUGCGCGACAAACCAGCACAGCAUGGCCCAGAUUAUACUGGGUUUAUUCUGAGUUUUUACUGCGUUUAGACUGGAUUUAUACUGGGUUUAGAAGGAGAUUCUGGAUCAGAAUUAACCCCAGCAGCAGCAGAGCUGGAUAAUGGUGAACACGGAGGAUUUAGGAGAUAUCGAAGCUGUUAUUCAAGAUGAAGAGGAUAUAAAAGCUCCACAGUGUCCGCACGGACCUGCUGUGCUGUUUGAGGUGCAGUGUGAAGGAGAGAAGAAGGGAAGGAGGUUUUACGCUUGUUCUGCAUGUCGUGAUCGAAAGGACUGCAACUUUUUUCAGUGGGAGAAUGAAAAGGUAUCGGAGGCAAGGCUGCUAGCGAGAGAACAACAGAACCGAUCAAAGUUGCCUCCCUUCACUCAUGAACAAUACUGCACAAGGUUCAGAGAGUUUGCGGGUCUCCCGCUGGAUCAAAAGAGGUUUUGUGUGGAAUGUCAGAUCCUGCUGCUUCCUGUGGAGUGGGAGGGUCACGCCUCUCACCGGGUCCUCUCAGACAUCACCGUGUCUCAGCUGAGGAGACCCAGUCUGCUGCUGAGUCCUCUGGAGAAUAAGAAGAGUAAUGCUCAGUACCUGUUCGCUGAGCGCAGCUGCCGCUUCCUGCUGAAGGUGCUGUCUGGACUGGGCUUCCGGAAGUUUCUGUGUGUGGGGACGCCGCGAUUACAUGAACUGAUCAAGGUGCAAAGCUCAGAGAACAAGAGUAGUGACCCCAUGAAGAGUUUACUGUUGGACAUCGACUUCAGAUAUUCUCAGUUUUAUGGGCAGGACGAAUUCUGUCAUUAUAACAUGUUUAACCAUCACUUCUUUAAUGGAGAGGAAGCAUCCAGAGUGUUCCUGGACUUCCUGACUGAGGACAGAUCUAAAGUGGUGAUGGUGGCGGAUCCACCGUUCGGGGGGCUGGUGAAGCUGCUGGGUCACACCUUCUCAAAGAUAUCAGAAACAUGGAGAAAGCAGCAGGAACCAGGGCUGGGCGUGUCUGAGAUGCCGAUGGUGUGGAUAUUUCCGUACUUCUUUGAGCUGCGGAUUCUCGAAUGUUUCCCUUCUUUUGCUAUGUUGGAUUAUCAGGUAGAUUAUGACAACCACCCUUUGUAUAAGCAUGGGAAGUCUGGCAGGAAACAAUCACCUGUCCGACUCUUCACAAACCUCUGUCCCAAAGACAUUGUUCUACCAAAGGAGGAAGGCUACAGAUUUUGCGCUAUUUGUGAGAGAUACGUUUCAGCAGGGAAUAAACACUGCUCUGUGUGUAACGCCUGCACAUCAAAGAAUGGAACAGAAUGGAAGCAUUGUUCACAAUGUGACAAAUGUGUGAAGUCCUCCUGGAGCCAUUGUUCUUCGUGUGGUUAUUGUGCUCUGCCGAAUCACCAGUGUGGGCAGACGGGCUGUUUCAACUGUGGCGACCGUGGGCACAAGCUCAGAGCCUGUCCAAAGAAAGGCAAGAAAAACUUACAGCAGCAGCAGCAGAAGAAGAAGAAGAAGAGUAAGAGUGGUAAAGCAGCUCCAGGAACGUUAAACAAGAGCGGCAACAAAACCACAGGCAAACACAAGAGAGGCAAACACUCACGCGGGAAGAAGUAACUGGUCACGUGAUUCCUCUCUCACGCAGCGCUGCAGAGGUGUGACACUGUGCUGGUGAGGGUGAGGCUGAAACUCGAGUCAUUUAUCCUGGACCUGCUGGAGUUCUGCAGCUUUAGCAGGACUGAAACAUCAAACUUCUGUAGUGAAGUUCCAGUAAAGUAUUGAGAAAACUGACUGGUUAUGUUGAAUUAUUGAAAUUCUCGGUAAAAAAGUAUUAAAAAUAAAAUAUCACACAUUUAUAAAACAUUUCGGAAACACUUUGUAUAAAUCUCAUGUCUAUUAGAAUCUAUAAACACAAACAAACAUAUUCAUAACACAUUAUAAUGCUUUUAUAAGGCAUUAUAGAUAUAGCUAUACAUAUUUAUAAAAGUGUAUAACACAUUAUAUGCAUGUUUAUUAUGCUGUGUGAAUUGAGACUAUAAUGCAUCAUAAGCUAUGCUUGUAAUAGGUUACAGAUAUGGCUUAAAAUAUAUAUUUCCAUGAGGGUGCCGAGUGGUCCAGCAGGCUAAUGUCUGCCACAUGCACAUGCAGCAAGUCAUCAGCUGCCGGAGCCCCGAGAGAGCACAGUUGGCCUUGCUCUGUGUUCAUAAGUAGGCUUUGUUGAGGUUCUUGGUAUUAACAUAUCAUCUUAUAAGCACAGCUUAUGAUGCAUUAGAAUUACAAUUCAUAGUUGUAGAAUAAUACACAUGGCUAUAUAUAUAUAUUUUUUUUUUUUUUCUAAAAGUGUAUAACACAUUAUAGCAAUAUUUAUUAUGCCUUACGCAUACAUCACAAUGAGUUAUAAGUAUGUUUAUAGAGACAUUUAUAAACAUGACUAAUAGAAGGUGUUACUGCCAUUUUUAAAAACAUAACUGAUUUUGUUCAUUCUUUUGUUUUUUGUGUUUUAAGUGCAGAAAUAAAAAUCUGAUCAACUGA